GAGCCUUGGCUCAGCAAUCUCUGGAGAAGACAAACCUAAACUCAGUCUGAAAGAUCUUACUGGACUGACAGCUUCAGAGAAAAUUUGAUUGUCUAGAAGUCUGCUCCUCUUCAUUUGUUCCUGGGGACACCUGCGAAGAUUGGUGUGGAGACAGCUUUCCAGGUUCUCUCUUUAGGCCAAAGUAUCUUCCACGAUGUUCCCACUGCAAAGUGCCCAGAUGCUGCAGACCCUGGAGAGGUCCUUGAGGAAGAGCCUUCCUGAAUCCUUAAAGGUUUACGGGACCGUCUUCCACAUGAACCAGGGAAACCCAUUCAACCGGAAGGCUCUAGUGGACAAGUGGCCUGACUUUAACACAGUGGUUAUCCGCCCUCAGGAGCAGGAGAUGAUAGAUGAUCUGGAUCACUACACCAAUACUUACCAAAUCUACUCCAAGGACCUCAAGAACUGUCAGAAAUGCCUUGGCUCACCAAAAGUCAUCAACUGGAAACAGCAUUUGCAGAUCCAAAGUUCACAGCCCAGCCUGAAUGAGGUGAUACAAAAUCUUGCAGCCACUAAAUCCUUCCAAGUCAAGCAAACCCAGUGCAUACUCUAUAUGACGGCUGAGACAAUAAAGAAGCUGGCUCCUUCCCUGCUGGAGGGAAAGACCUUACCACCCACUGGUGGCAAACCUAAGGCCAUCUGCCAAGAGAUGUUUAAACUCUCUUCCCUGGAUGUGACCCAUGCUGCCUUGGUGAAUAAAUUCUGGCACUUUGGUGGCAAUGAGAGGAGCCAGAGAUUCAUCGAGCGCUGUAUCCAGACCUUCCCCACCUUCUGCCUGCUGGGGCCUGAGGGGAUCCCUGUGUCCUGGAACCUGAUGGACUACACAGGAGAGUUACGGAUGGCAGGUACCAUGCCUGAGUACCGGGCCCAGGGCCUUAUCACUCAUGUCAUCUAUUCCCACACAGUCUCUCUAAACCAACUCGGCUUCCCCGUAUAUUCUCACGUUGACAAGAAUAACAAAAUGAUGCAGAAAAUGAGUAAUAGGCUGCAUCACAUCAGCGUACCUGGUGGCUGGAACCAGUGGCACUGUGUGCCCCUGUGAAGCAGCCCUGCACGGAAGACCAUGGCAGAUGUGCCUGGGCAGACAGAAAGCAUAAACUGUGAUUGAAAUAAUCAAUAAAGGAAUGGCACUGUUUGGCCUCCAAGGAA